UCGACGGCUGGGAUUUACUACGCCACGAACGACGGAGCUCACGAAGUGUUUGGGAAAAAAUCUGCCUCAGUCUUUGGUAUCAUCUGACGUUGUUGAUACGCAGCUCCGGCCGGUCGGUAACGCGUUCAAACGUAAACGAGAUUUUUACGCGUAAACCAUUGGAACAUUCGGUGUGUCGGCAAAUGAUAGACGAGUCUUAAAAAAUAAUGUCGUAAAUACUGCGAGUUAUUCGGAAGUGUUAAAAAUCGUGUUGGAAAAUGCUAAAAAUAUUAUAUGUAAGCGUGUAAAUAUGUGUGGAGUUAACGUUGGACAAAGCUAAGGUUCAAAGAUUCGGCUUUACAGUGCUGUGCCAAGUCUUACGCUACAAUGUUUCUAAGCUGAAAGGAUGUGAAGCCUUGAUCUUGCUUCGAAACAUUGGUGGUAUAAGGAAGUAUCAAAGGAUAUGAAAGGAAUAGAAUAUAGUGCGCUGAGAACUUAAAACAAUUCCCCUUUCCAACUAAUUGAGUGAAAGAAGUGACAUAAAAUUUAAGCUCAAGAACUCUUGAAACUUAUAGUGCUUCUCUGGAACAGAGAUCUGAACGUAAAUAAUCGCGUUGUCGUCAUUGAGUCAUGCAAAGAAGAGCCGCAUUGCGAGCAUUGAAAUUUAAGAAAAGUCCCAAAGUGAAACAUGACAAAAUGUGUGCGGAUAAAUACGAGAAUUAAACUGAAACGAACACAUGUCAUGCCGCACACGCCUAUACACCCCUACCUACGUAAGUGGCAGCGAAUGGGCGAUAAAUAGGUGGUUGUAAGACAAUAAAUAUGUAUAUGGAUAAGCAGUAUCUGUUUGCACGAUUGUGUGUGUUUGCUAAGUCGAGCGCAUGUUGACAUCACCGACGGCGCAAAAGCCCCCAACAUGGCGCGCAGAAAGCGUUAAGCAAACAAAAACGCACAAGCAGACAUACGCGCGUGUUUGAAGAACAUAAAAAAAAAUUGCAGUCUUGUAUUAAAUGUGUGUGUGAACCGCUGCAUUUGUGUGAGUUGGCGGAAGUAAAACAAAGCAAAAAGGGAAAAUAAAAGUAAAAGUGUUUAACUCCGCAAUGGAUUUAUGCUGAUUGCACGGGAUUACUGGAUAAAUUGGAAAGGAAUCAACAUGAAUUCCAUUCAAUUUUUUAUCGUCGCGCUUUUGGCAACUAUCGAUAUUCACAUGAAUCAAGCACUUAACCUGUCAAAUCUCUCCGUCCCGCGCAUAAUCGAUGCCGCACAAAAAGCCAAACUAUUCUGCAGCUAUGAAAUGGGUAAUCGCACAUUAAACUCGGUUAAGUGGUAUAAGGAUGGGAUGGAGUUUUUCAGAUACUCGCCGCUCACGCCGCCAACUACAAAUUGGUUUCCCGUCAAAGGUGUCACCAUUGCUGAUGGCUCAUCGCACUGCAAUCAAUUCAUCUGCAAUGUCGAACUGGAGAAACUGAAUGUCCAUUCGUCCGGUUCGUAUCGGUGCGAGGUAUCCGGUGAUGCGCCCGAAUUCAAAUUGAUCGAUAAAACGGCCAACAUGACAGUGGGCGUUCUACCCAAAUUCGGACCGUUCAUCAACGGCAUUGUGCACCCGUACCGAUAUGGGGAUUUUCUGGCAGUUAACUGCAGUUCAGAUUGGUCCAAUCCCGCAACGACGCUUACGUGGUACAUCAACAACAAAACGGCACCAUUUACAAGCCUUCAACCACAGCUGAAUGAGAUCACACGCAACACAGACGGUUUCAUGCUCUACGCCAGUUCCCUGCAGCUGCGUAUACACAUCGACGAUCCACGUUUCAUAUCGAAAAGUGAAAUUCUAGAACUGAAAUGUGUGGCCGAUAUAAUGGGCAUAUCGAGUGUGCGGCGCGAGAGUAAGGUGCGGGCAACGAUCUUGGCGCUACGUGAUGCUGGACACAAACAACGCUUGCUGGGGCAAGGCAAUGGCGCUAGCACAUCCGGCAGUGGCAGUUGUUAUGAAAGCAUAGUAUUUAUGCACGCUUGGGUAUUCUGGCUAUGUUUCCUAUUGUUUUCGCGAGGGUCCCCACAGCUAACCAACUGUCAUUGGAGUUAGCUGUCUACGUCAGAAGUCAAAUCUAAAAGGCCUGCCAGCUAAGAGCAUAACUGUAACUUAGUAAAUAAACAUAGUUUUAAGAAUUAGUUAAAUAAGCAAACACCGAACCAAAACAUAAAAACAACGUUUGAAUUAACUACGUUGCAAGAAGAAGGCUGAAGAAAGCAUCUUACAUUAAAGGAAACAUAGAAACCAAAUACUCGCACAGAAUUUAGGUAAAUUAAAGCUUAGCGGCACUAACACAUGAAAGUUUCUACACAAAACACUCACACGAACAUGUCCAAAACAUGAAAGCAAAAUUAUCAAAACGGUGAAAAGGCCAAAAAUAAAAGCAGUGAUUAAGUCUACAAUACUGGCAUGAUCCAUGGUGAAUCGUUAGCUUAGUUAAUUAUAAGGAACCUAUUAAUAUGAUUAACACUGCAUUCACCACACUUAAGCAUAAGCAAAUAAGCAAUGAAAAAUCCACUGUUCAGUGAAGAGGAGCGCAUUUAAAUUACGUUACAUUAAUUGCUAAUUACUUGAGUAUCUCAAGAGCUCAUUCGCGGCAUAAAAUACCCUAUAAGAGAUAUUGUAAAUAGUUAUUUACUGUUAAGUGCUUACGUCAAUGUGAUUAUGAGAUUUGUUGAUUUUAAAAACACUAGCGCCAUUAUAAAGACAUAGACAUAUAAUUUUAGUGUUCGACUAAGUAUGUUACCUACAAUAUGUAUAAAUUGUAUUUUUUUAUGUAUUUCAUAAUCAUUUAAUAAAGGAGACUCAU